AACAGCAGAUCCAAGCCCCAUCUAAAGUACAUCCUAUUCAGCACGUAAACAUCGAGAUGAAUAAAGGGUGUGGCAUUCUCUGUAUAUAAAAUCUGUCUCUCCGACCUCCCCAUCACUCGUUUUACUUCUUUGCUCUUUGUGAACUACAGAAAUCUGAGUCAACAUGUCUCAACUUCAGCAAAGCAUGGCAGGAAUGAUUAAAACCUUUCAUAAAUACUCCGGGAAAGAAGGAGACAAGACCACGCUGACCAAAGCUGAGCUCAAGGAACUACUUAAUACAGAGCUGGGUGAUAUCCUAGGGAAAUCUGACGACAAGGCCGCUAUCGACAAUAUCUUUAAAGAUCUGGAUGCAGAUGGAGAUUCCACUGUGAACUUUCAGGAGUAUGCCACCAUGGUUGCCUGUAUUACUUUGAUGUGUAAUGAAGCCUGCAAGUAAUUUGGAGACACUGAUUCAUCAGUCAUACUGUACAUCUGAUUUCAUGUAUGUUCUGUUUAUUACUUUCAGAACACUUGCAUGUGUACACUUUUAAAACCUUCAUGAUAACAGUUUUUUUUAAAUUGGCAUAACUCAUACAUAUUGCUGGUGAUGUUUUAAUAAAAACUGGAUUCCUCACAA